UGCCGACGGCACGCCCAAGGCCUUCAAGGAGACCCUCGUCCGCCUCACCGCGACGAUUGGACAUAGCUCCUCCGCACCGCCUGACAACGCUGCAUGCAAAGCAGCAUAUCCUGCAUCCUUCAAACCGCCGCCUAGACUCAAGUGCUCCAUAGCAGCUGCAUUCUAGCCUUCUUUCACCUCCACUCUGCCACGACAACACUAGCAUCGACAACACACCCAUCGCACCGCCUUUUCGAGUCUCCGUCCCGACGCGCGCUGAUACAACGCAUCUGUCGCCGUCGUCGGUCGUCUGUCAUCGUCGUAUGUCUCCAUGUCCCUAGCCUGCUCGCGCCCGACAAUGAGUCUUUUGUGAACUUUGCACCAGCACGGCUGCGUCGCCAUGGAGGACCGGGAAUCGAGCGUAGCGUCGUCGGUCGACUUCUACAGCUCUAAUGCAAAUCCACCCCAUGCGACGGAUGCGCAGAGCGACGCGCCUCUCGCGAAGCGCAAAGCAGAAGAUGCGCCUGUUGAGCAUGAAAAGAAGCGCAAGCUCAGCGUCUUUUCUCCUUGCACCUCGGGCGACUUGAGACGUUGCGCAAGGCUACCACCUGAGUUGUGGCAGCAUGUUUUCUCUUUUUGUUCGCUUGCAGAUCUCGGUCGAUUGAUCCAGGUCAAUCGAUCUUUCCUAUCCUAUCUCACAGACGUGCGCAGCGUGUCGACUUCAAAGUCGCAUCCUGGCCGUCUGCAUCUCCUAAAGUCUGAGUCGUUGUGGGCCUCUGCCCGCAAUGCCAUGUGUACCAAGCCUCCGAAGCCACUCCCAGGCUUCACUGAGCUGCAGAUGUGGCAGCUGGCUUGGUCCAAGAGAUGCCAGUUCUGUAACAAGCUUGAUUCUCAUACUCCAGGCGAGCGCGUAUGGCAAAAAGGACCUGGCAAAGCAGGCGUGAGAGUCAUCUGGCCCUUCGCUAUCAGAGCGUGUGGGCCGUGCCUGCUACAACAAUGCCAGACGGACGCGAGCCUUCUCUUUUCGGCUUCUUCCGCCUUACGACCCGCCCUCCCCUUCGCGCUACUCACAAACGACCAGCAUUACGUUGCUGCAUAUGCACUGCAAUCUGUGACCACGCCAGCCAACGUGGACAUUGCCAAGUUCUACUACAAGAAGCAUGUUGAGGAAAUCACGCAGGAGAUGAAUGAAGCCAUCGGUCGUGGCCCUACAGCAGCUGAGGAGUGGUCUAAAGGUCUCGAUGCUCGCGGGAAAGAACGCAUGAAGGUAGCCGAGAACUGGGAGCGCUGGGAGGUCAAGAAUCAAUGGAUGGAAGAGCACAAGGAUGCGAAGCGCGCAGCAUCUGCAGCUCCCUCACACGCUGCCACGUCACACAGAGAAUUAUCCAAGUCACCCCCUCGCCGAACUCCUUCUCCCAUAAUUCAUGCCCCGGUUCCAGCGAGUAAGUAUACCUCUGCUGUCUCAUUUGCUGCCAGACAUGGCGAUGCUUCUCGAUACUUCAACAACACCCCUCCAGUUCCCAACCUAACAGGUGUAGCACCAUCGUCUCAGCAUGCGCAAGCCCGACCGCCCACUGUCCCACCACAGGCUUUCACUCCCUCUGGCCAGCGAAAUCUCCACGAUGCAAACGAGGCCAAGGCGACUCGGAAGACCGACAUAGAACGACGGUGUCAGCAAAUGGAUCCUCCUAUUGCUCCAAACAUUCUGCGCCACAUGGACUCGUUCAAAGCUGCUAUCCAGAUCUCACAGCCAAUGAACGAUUAUGCAUGGAGUGUGCUUCAGCCCCGCUUGAUCGCUCAACUUCCUGCUGCCCAACAAGCAGAAGCCGACCACGUGGCUCGGGCUGCUUCAUUUCCCACAAAACCAGUGGACCGCCGCCACCCGGACGCAAACUCCAAGGAGGCCAGAGAAGUCAUGGACCGGGAAUGGGAGGAAUCGCAACGUCCCAUCCGCGACAGGCUCGAUGCUAUUGCCGACGAUUUCAUCAACCAGGACUGGGACCAUGGCAAUGCCGUAACCUACGAUAAUAGCCCAAAGUUUGCGGCUGACCUUCUUGCUUACGUGCGACGCACAUACUACGCUGAGGAAGCGGAACAGGAACCCGCUCAAUCUGGGCAACAUACGCGGCCUUCUACUGACAAUAUAAAUGCUAGGCCUAAACUCGUCCUGGAUAACAUGAAGUGGGUGUACGAUAAUAAGAUCAAGCCUCUAACAGAACAGUUCCGUAAAGACAUCUUCCUGUGCCGUGGCAGUGGGUGCGAACACAACAACAAAUUCUAUGGUUUCGAGGGCGUCACGCAGCACUACGGAGCAAAGCACACUGCUGCGUUCAGUUCAGGAAACGUAGUCGUGGCGUGGAGAGAAGCCGAGUGGCCAGAGGAAACCCCGUUCCAUCCAGAUCCUCUGUCUGUGAAACAACCUCACCAUGCUCACCACCCUUCUUCUAGCACGAACGGGUUUGGUGGCUUCUAUGGCGGAUACUCACGUGCAGGCACAUCGACACCUCACAUGCCUACUCAUCAUCCACAGGCGAGCCCUGGACCUUACAACUACGGAGGUCAGUACAAUGGACCAUUCGCUCCACCACAGGUUCCUUCUGGUACAAUGCCCGGAUACGAGUACCCCCAGCCAUAUGCGACUCCCGUGGAUAUGUACGCGCACCAAGCCAUGGGACCUCCGGGUUAUGGUGCUCACACGGCCCAGAACCCAUAUUUGACCUCUCCUGCAAUGAUCAACAAUGCCAUAGCUGCUCCUCCUCCACCACCACCACCCAACAUGCCACCACCCGGUCAAGGAGUUCCUGAGAUCGCACCCAGCGGUACAGAAGAUACUGGCCAAAGUACUAGCUCGUUUGACAAGCAAGUAAGUACGGUCAUCGAGAUGACACAGGACAUCUGGAAGCGCACCUCUGGGAUCAAAGAUAUGCCGAACAGCCUUAGGAUCUAUGUGUUGCUACAUCGCGUCAUCUCCAAGUUUCAUGUAGAGUUCAACCAUGAACCGAACCUGAAUCACUUCAUUGAUGCUAUGUCUAAUCAUGAGAUGCCAAAGGCUUUGAAGAACGCGCCAGGGCUCUCGUGCAAAGCUUGUCAGACUGGCUCUUCACAUCACUUGGGAAGUUCUUUCUACUCGAAGUCGGAAGAAAGAACAACAUACACUGUUCUGGGUCUGCUAUCCCACUUCAGGAGUCAACACCUGCCAUAUCAGCAACAUAUGCCUGGCCAUGGAAUUCCUGUUGCCCCUCUGGAUUGGAAAGAGGACAUGAUCGAGCUGCCCAGCGAACGUUUCAUUUCUGGACUCAUACACGCUCCAGGCAUGGACGACGAGAAGCUACUAAUGAUAGCAACUGUCUUUCCCAGCCUGUUUCCCAUGCCGUUGCCCAAGAUCGGCGUGAUUGAUAGUCAUGGCCUUGCGUCCCCGGCCUCAUCAGGACCAAAGGAUACGGACAAAACGCCUGGUGCAGUCGAUGUUCCUGGUGAAACUAUAGCACGCCCAAGCUCUGUCAUGAAUGCUGCAGAAGUAAACUUGUCACUGCCACCCAAACCAUUGGAGGCUGGUUACGAGCCUGUUCGACCAACCCUUGCCGGUGAAUCGAAUGAGGCAUCCGGCUCCACAAAUAGGAAACGUUCUUACCGACAAAGCCCGCCCGUUGAGCGCAGGCAACACCAUUAUGAUGAGCCUAGAUACUAUGUGUCCAGGGAUCAUCUUGAUGAUGGCUAUCAUCGUCCGCGGGAAUACGUGGAGUACGCGCCUAGUCCUAGGAUCAUCCAUGCGGGUCCUGCGUAUGACGACUAUUCUGGUCGCCGGACAGCUUUCCGCGAGCAAGAGCGAUUCUAUGGACCUCCCGAAGAUGUGGUCUAUGCGCAUCCGCGGGAAGGGAGUCACGGCAGUCGGGAAUACAGUGCGUAUCCCCGCCCGGUUCGAUACUACGAAGAAGACGAUCAUCGGUCCGAAUAUCGGUUCAUGAAUGAGCGCCAGUCGAGAGACGCAAGUCCACCUCAAGGACAAUCUGCAGCGGAUCGAUUCUUAGCGGAGAAUGAGCCUCCACAGCCACCUCCGUCGCAAACACAACCAGAACCGGAGGCUGCAAUACCAGCCCAGGAGAAUGGAGACGGACCCCGUUACACGCCCCCACCUCCUGAUACUUCUGUACCGGCUGAAGCGACGGCACCUGUGCGCCCACUUGCACCACCACACCCUCGUGCUCCAUCCACUGUCUCUAACAAUUCUCGAUAUGAUGAUUAUCAAUCUAAUGGGUACCGGAUGCCCAUGCCUGGACCGAGCGGCCCACCACGAAGGUCUGGGCCUCAACGCCGAAGGGAUCGACCCAAUGACAAUCGAGGACCGUCUCGAUAUCAUCGAUACAUGAGCGUCGCACGCGAAGACCCCUACGGCCGCGGAUCUAGCAUGAGUCGUUCGCAGAGUAGGAGAUAUGAAGAACAACGGCGCCGUAUCGAUCAACAAGAAACACCGCAACCGAAUGCCGAACCUGACUACGAGCCUGCGUAUUCUAGAGAGCACAGUGUUGAUCAAUCUGUACAGGACGAUGGCUUCUAUCCGCCUGCCCGCCGUCACCCAAGGGGCUACGUAUCUGUGCAAGAUCGUCUGCAUCCUCAUGCGUACUCACCACCACGAUAUCGUUACGACGAACCUCGUGGGCCACAACCAGUUUAUGUUGAUGAGUACGGGCAUCCCAUCCACGACUACGAAGUCAUUCGUGUACGCGGUGACACUAGGUAUCGCGCCCCGUAUAUGCCACAUCAACCUCAUCGAUACGAACAUGAUCCAUAUGGAUACGUACCAGUACAAUACGAGAGACCUCCACCACAGAGAUACAAUAGUCGCCCUGAAGAGUAUAUGUACUAUGAAGAAAGGGAGAGACCGAUGCCUAGGCGAGCGGUGCCGGAAGUGGACAACGAUGCAUACGAGCCGCCACCACCGGAGAUUAAAGUGGAGAGUGUGCCAGUGCCUAUGCCACCAGAGGCGUCUUAAUUUCCCAUGUUAGCGUGGCGUUUGAGAUUGUAACGAUUCCCUGGUCUUGUCUGUGCCUCUGCUAUCCUUCAUCUAGCUUUGCAUGGCUGGGUGUUGUAGGGUCUAGUCGGCUAAUGCUAUCUCAUUUGGUUUGGUAGUCUACACUAUCAAAUAAUGACGUUCUUGUAGUAAUUUCUUUCCCGAAUUUAAUACGAUGGCUUUGCUUCUACGAAAUAGUCUCACUAGGCGAAAGCCAAUACCUUUUCGUAUUGUAUGAUAUUGAGCAUGUACAGCUACAAAAGGAAGAAGAAUGACAUGACGAACAGCUUUUAUUUUGGCAUAUGUGCCUUCUAUAGGGUAUCAACAUGAAAACAGGACAAAAGAAAUGG